AUGCAUGCCCAAAGGCAGCUGGCUAUCGCUGCAGUGAGAGCAGAAGUCAAACGACAUGAGGUAGCCAAGCAGGCUCUCAGCCGCCUCAGGAAACUGGCGGAGAGGGUGGGCGACUCAGAACUUCGUGACAGCAUCCAGGCCUCACUGAACAGCAUACGAGAGGCCGUGGUCAACAGCCAGGAAUGGACUCUGAGCCGCUCCAUUCCUGAACUGCGCCUGGGUGUACUGGGCGAUGCCAGGAGUGGGAAGUCAUCGCUCAUCCAUCGGUUCCUGACUGGUUCCUACCAGGUGCUGGAGAAGACAGAGAGUGAGCAGCACAAGAAAGAGAUGUUGGUGGAUGGACAGACUCAUCUGGUGUUGAUCCGAGAGGAAGCUGGGGCACCUGAUGCCAAGUUCUCAGGCUGGGCAGAUGCUGUGAUCCUGGUCUUCAGCCUGGAGGAUGAGAACAGUUUCCAGGCCGUGAGCCGUCUCCACGGGCAGCUGAGCUCCCUUCGGGGGGAGGGGCGAGGAGGUCUGGCACUGGCGUUGGUGGGGACACAAGACAGGAUCAGUGCUUCUUCCCCCCGGGUCGUGGGCGAUGCUCGUGCCAGAGCGCUGUGCGCAGACAUGAAACGCUGCAGCUACUACGAGACGUGUGCGACCUAUGGGCUCAAUGUGGACCGCGUCUUCCAGGAGGUGGCCCAGAAGGUGGUGACCUUACGCAAACAGCAACAGCUCCUGGCUGCCUGCAAAUCGCUGCCUAGCUCCCCAAGCCACUCAGCUGCUUCCACUCCCGUAGCUGGGCAGGCUAGUAACGGGGGCCACACUAGCGACUACUCUUCUUCCCUCCCGUCCUCACCCAACGUGGGUCACCGCGAGCUCCGAGCUGAGGCAGUGGCCGUGGCUGGACUGAGCACCCCAGGGUCCCUGCACCGGGCAGCCAAGCGCAGGACCAGCCUUUUUGCGAAUCGCCGGGGCAGCGACUCUGAAAAGCGGAGCUUGGACAGUCGGGGAGAGACAACGGGGAGUGGGCGAGCCAUUCCCAUUAAGCAGAGCUUCCUACUAAAGCGGAGCGGCAAUUCCUUGAACAAAGAGUGGAAGAAGAAAUACGUGACCCUGUCCAGUAACGGCUUCCUACUCUACCACCCCAGCAUUAACGACUACAUCCAUAGUACCCACGGCAAGGAGAUGGACUUGCUACGGACAACAGUCAAAGUCCCUGGCAAGCGGCCCCCACGAGCCAUCUCUGCUUUCGGCCCCUCAGCCAGCAUCAAUGGGCUCGUCAAGGACAUGAGCACCGUCCAGAUGGGUGAAGGCCCUGAAGCCACCACUCCCACGCCAAGCUCAAGCUCCAGCCCCAGUUCCCUGCAGCCACCAUCAGACCAGACAUCCAAGCACUUGCUGAAGCCAGACCGGAAUUUGGCCCGAGCCCUCAGCACUGACUGUACCCCAUCUGGAGACCUGAGCCUGAGUCGGGAACCCCCUCCUUCUCCCAUGGUGAAGAAGCAGAGGAGGAAAAAAUUGACAACACCGUCCAAGACGGAAGGCUCUGCUGGACAGGCUGAAGAGGAAAACUUCGAGUUCUUGAUCGUGUCCAGCACUGGUCAGACGUGGCACUUUGAGGCCGCCAGUUUUGAGGAGCGGGAUGCCUGGGUCCAGGCAAUCGAGAGUCAGAUCCUAGCCAGCCUGCAAUGCUGUGAGAGCAGCAAGGUCAAGCUGCGCACAGACAGCCAAAGCGAAGCCGUGGCUAUCCAGGCGAUCCGGAACGCCAAGGGGAACUCCAUCUGCGUGGACUGCGGGGCUCCCAACCCCACGUGGGCCAGUUUGAACCUGGGCGCGCUCAUCUGCAUCGAGUGCUCGGGCAUCCACCGGAACCUGGGCACGCACCUGUCCCGCGUGCGCUCGCUGGAUCUGGACGACUGGCCCCGGGAGCUGACCCUGGUGCUGACGGCGAUUGGCAACGACAUGGCGAACCGCGUGUGGGAGAGCAACACGCGGGGCCGAGCCAAACCCACGCGGGACUCCUCGCGGGAGGAGCGUGAGUCCUGGAUUCGCGCCAAGUACGAGCAGCUGCUGUUCCUGGCGCCGCUGGGCGCUCCGGAGGAGCCGCUGGGCCGCCAGCUGUGGGCCGCCGUGCAGGCCCAGGACGUGGCCGCCGUCCUCCUGCUUCUGGCCCACGCGCGACACGGGCCGCUGGACACCAGCGUCGAGGACCCGCAGCUUCGCUCCCCGCUGCACCUGGCGGCCGAGCUGGCCCACGUGGUCAUCACGCAGCUGCUGGUGUGGUACGGCGCCGACGUGGCCGCCCGGGACGCGCAGGGCCGCACCGCGCUGUUCUACGCCCGCCAGGCCGGGAGCCAGCUGUGCGCCGACAUCCUCCUGCAGCACGGCUGCCCCGGCGAGGGCGGCAGCGCGGCCGCCGCGCCCGGCAUCCUCGCCACGCCCAGCCCCCGCCGCCGCAGCAGCGCCGCCAGCUUGGGCCGCGUCGACGCCCCCGUCGCGCUGGUAUAG